AUGGCAGAAAAUGGGCAUCUACAACAGGAGAUAUUACAAAGAACCCUACAGGAGGUAGCUAGGGAAGAGACCGAUAGUGACCCCUGUGUUAUCUGUCUGGAAUCCAUCACCGAGCCAAGCAUAGCGAAGCCAUGCAACCAUACCAACUUUGAUUUCUUAUGCUUGAUUAGCUGGCUGGAACAGCAGCCCAACUGUCCUUUAUGUAAAACCCAGCUCACAGCUGUGCAAUAUGACCUCAAAGCACCUCUAGGUCCCAAAACAUACAAUGUGCCACCCAAAGAUCAAGAUCGACCCGGACCACCAUCCCGAGGCCCUCCCUUGAGUCGCGGAUAUGGGGCCAGACGAGGCAGAGCUAGAUAUCCACGCCCCUGUGUGCGCGACCAAACGUCGCCCAAUGAUCCUCUCGCUGUGCGACGCAACGUCUAUCGCAACCAACUAUACUCCCUUCACGUUGGAUCGAAUCGGUUGUCGCAAUACAGUGAGGUGACAGCAGCAGACUUCAGCCGAGAUGAAGCACUUGUUUCUCGUGCGCGCAAAUGGAUUCGUCGAGAACUGCAGGUUUUCACCUUCUUGAAUCCGGAGACAGAGGCGGACGAAGCGCGGGAUCGGGAUCGAGUACCUCGCCCGGGAAACCAGCGACUGGAAGAACGUCGGGCGAAUAAUGCCGAGUUUCUGCUCGAGUAUGUUAUUGCCAUUUUGCGCACUGUCGAUAUUAGAGGCAGUGCGGGGCAAGCGGAGGAGCUUCUGAGGGACUUUAUCGGACGUGAUAAUGCUCGUCUGUUUCUCCAUGAGUUGCUUGCGUGGCUGAGAAGUCCAUAUGUUUCCUUGCAGGACUGGGAUCGCCAUGUACAGUACCCGAGACAGACACAGCACUCUGAUUACGGGCGUGCGCAAAGUUCUGGUCGCAGGGAUUGUCUUCCUGCUCAUGCUCAGUCUGGGCCUCGAGCUCGAAGUGCAUCUCCGAUUGCGGAAGGACGCGAGAGAACUUUGUUUGAUCGAAUCUCGAGACCAGAGCCAGGAUCCACGUCAAGAGAUCGACGCCCGCGUUCUCGGCCUUAUCAUCAUUCUAGACCGCCGCGACAUUUUAUUGAUCGAUAUAUCCCAGACUAA